GAUUUUGUAAAAUAUUAUACUUUCUCGAGGACAAUACAAUUAAAGUGAUGGAACCACCAGUAAUAAACAAUGGUGCAAGCCAAGAAUGGAAAAUUUUUAAAACCAAUUGGAUAUGAUGAAGAGAAGCAGUUAUUAAAAGUUAUGGGCAAAAGUAUAGAUACUAAGUAUCAAUGGUAUGCUUUAGAUAGUCAGCAUGCUGGUUAUAGUGUUGAAAAUACUUACUACAAUGCUUCAGAUCUCUAUAUUGGAGCUCAAUUAUUCAUUUACAAUAGACUUAUAAUACUCACGGAAUGUGAUGAGUUUACAAAAAAUUACUACAAAAAUGUUUAUGGUUUAAAAUCAUUUGCGUCAGUUGUGCCACCAAAAACUAAACGUCAAAAAUUGGAAGAAGAGCUCAAUAAAAUAAGAAACGCAACAUUGAUAAAAAGUCGCGAUCAAAAUGUAUUGAAAAGAUUAAGAAGUGAAGCUGAUAAUCACGUGUUUAUAUUCAAAGCUAAGAUGGUAUCUAAUGAUCCAAUUAAUCUUUCAAGACAUUUUUUACUUAAAUAUUUUUUUAACUCUAACACUUUUGGUAUAUACGAAAUAACUGAACCAAACUCAGGUGUUAUAGGAGGUGAAUUUCGUUCUAAACGCUCUAUAUCAAUAUUUGAUGAAAAUGAAAAAUCCUUUAUUUAUAGUGAAAUUGCUGUAGGUUCUAAACUGUUUAUUGAUGACUUUCAGUUUGUCUUGACAGACGUAGAUGACAAAACAUUAAAGUUUAUGAUGGCUCAUCCUAAAGAGUUUUAUCAUAGUAACGUCGAAAUGUUAAAUAACCAACUUUACGACCUGAUCAAUACAGAAGGAUCUAAUAUAAAUAAGUUUUAUGAUAAGUGUUUUCAAAAUAGACCGUUGGUACCGAGGGAAAUUUUUAGACAAGUUUUACAUGAUGAGUUCAAAAAUGAACUAAGUCAACACGCAAUAGCUGUAUUUGCAUUAAUUUAUAAAAAGGUUGAACGAUUUAAAGAAGUUACAGAUGAAAUGUUUCAAAGAGUUGUUCAAAACGAGUUGCGGCGAGCAUUUUUCAGAAAUUUCGAUUGCUUGGACAUUGCAAUGAAACAAAGGAAUAUACACCAGAUAAAUGGCGUUUUGGAUCACGAUGAGACCUUAAAAAUUCUUAAAACAAAUAGAGUUCCAUUACUACCGGAAAUACAAAAUAGACUAUUGACCAAGUUUACGGAUUUAGAGAAUGGAAAAGUUAAGUUCAAAGAUAUGAUUGAUUUUAUGGACUAUCUGAAAAAUCCUACAGAAACUCCUAAAGGAGUUGCUCGAGAAAUUUUGAUGGCUAAACCAGAAACUGUGUAUAUACAAGUUGGUAAAUUAGUUGACUUUAUGCAAUCAUUCAAACCAACAUACGAACAAUAA